GCCUCCAUUCAUCAUCAUCGUCUGUUUUUGUCUUUUAACGGAAUAAGAAAAUUUCCAGAAAAAGGAAGAAACUUUCCGGAGAGCUCGAAAGAUUCAUCUUCCAUGGGGAAAAAGCUCUAAAUCGAAUAUUUUUAGAAAGAGAGAGAGAUUGUGAAAAGAAGAUGUCGAGAUCUCUGGCGAAACGUUUUGUACCCUAUGUGUCUGCUCGUAUAAGAGAGAAUCAUCGGAUGCUUAAUUAUUAUUGUUCUUCCUCUUCUUCUGCUCUCAAAGAAGCUUCUUCUUCUUCUUCUUCUUCUUCUUCGUCCUCCUCCCAAUCUGAAUCACCUUCUCUCGAGGCUGUUCAUCUCAGCGACAAUUGUAUCCGGAGAAUAAAAGAGUUGCAAUCUAGUGAACCAGAAAAGAAGCUGCUUCGAUUGGGUGUAGAAACUGGAGGCUGUUCUGGUUUCCAGUACGUCUUUGAGCUUGAUCAUAAAACCAACCCUGAUGACAGGGUGUUUGAGAAGGACGGUGUCAAGUUGGUUGUAGAUAAUGUCUCAUAUGACUUUGUCAAAGGCGCUACUGUUGAUUACGUCGAGGAGCUCAUCCGUUCUGCUUUCGUGGUAGCUGAGAACCCAGCCGCAGUGGGUGGAUGCAGUUGUAAAAGCUCCUUCAUGGUGAAACAGUGAAUCAUUCUUCUUUUACAUGACUAGAAACCAUAUUUGAUCUUUUGUUUAUUUACUUGUACAAUGUCUCACAAGUUUUUGCUAUGUAUCAUCAAAAGGCAUUACUAGGGGAAAGAUACAAAAACUCUGUAGGCUUCUAGCUCAA